AUGAGGUCACCGGGGAAUGUGCGACUGGCCAUGGCGCUCUGCGGGAUCACCAGCCCAGCGAAGCGUCCCUGCAGAUCCUCGCCUGACGUUUUCAAGACGGAUCAUAAUGACCUCCUGAUUACGGUGCCCGUCCAACUCGGGAGGAAAUCAGAACAGCAGAUGGACAUCCCCAUUCCUUCCAGCGAAGUAUGA